ACGUUAUUAGUCCCAUACGUGAACGAAUCGCUUAGAACGGUUUUGUGAACCGGUUCAACUAAUUCACUAAAAAGAUUCGACUCAUAAGAACCAUUCUUUCACAAAGCGGGCAUUGAUACCCACUACCUUUCUUGGCGGGACAUAUUAUUUAAAGAAACGGAAAUCCCCACUACUAAGCUGACCGGUAGUUACGACGCGUCCGGCAUUCUGUUUACGUGAGCAAGCAGUCCAGGUAUGAAAAGGUCCAGAUAUGAGGACGACUCUGCAACAUUACACUUGGCUCAAGAAAGUGGGCAGAAGGCGAAUAAGCUCCCUCGAUCCGAGAUUGAAAAGAUUAUUUCAGAUAAGGUUGUGACCGCAGUCGAGCAGUCUGACUACAAGAUGAAGAAUCUGAUGGAGAGAAUCGGUGAGGUGAAUGGUGAACCCAGAUAUGAUGCUAGAAUCAAGAAUCUUGACGCUCAUGUAAGGAAAAUAAAACGAAGGGGAGAUGCAGUAUUUGCAUAUAUCAGAAAGUUCAGAUCUUUAGGGAUUUCUCAGAGUCAGUCUCCUCCUUCUGUAAGUCCUCCUCCUGUGCAGCCCCAGCGAUGCAUCUCUCCAGCGGAACCAAAAACCGAUAUAUCCAGAAGUUCAGUCAAUGGAGGGUGUUUCAGUGACAACGCUUCAGUGUCAUCAGCAGACAAUGAUUGUGAGAUGACCACAUUGAGACGACCAAAGAAAGGGUUUUGGCAGAGUUUGGAAAAGCGGUCUAAGAAUCAGGUUGUUGACCUUACGGAAGACAGAGCAGCCAGACUGAAUGAAGAGAGCCUGGUUACCCAACCAUCAGAUCAGAAAUCGGAACCUUCAAAACGGGAACAAUCAAAUCCCUCAAGUACACCACCUAUAGCCAUUAAAGAAGAAAAACAAAAUGUAACGGAGGAGGACCGUGUCAGUUCUUCAGUACAGUUGGAAGAGGAGGACUGGCACUCCAAACUCCAUCCGUUCCCAGAGACUCCGUUUCCCAAAGAGCUUCCGGUUGUAGCUGCAACUUACAACUUGCCCCAGAAGCCAGUGGUGAAACUAGCUCGGAUUGGAAGCGCACAAGAACUAGGCAUCGCGUGGACCGUGGAUCAGAAAGAUCCCCAUGUAGCAGAGAUGAAUUGCUACUACAUUUACGUUUCCCACGAACACAAAAGCGGCACUUUUUCAGGAUGGAAGUGCCUUGGAGAGAUCAAAGCCAUGCCUCUUCCUAUGGCCUGCAAGGUGUCCGACUGCAAAGGAGAUAAACGACUGUGCUUUAUCGUUGUGGGGAAGGAUAUAUUUGGCCGUUAUGGGACGUACAGUGACAUACGCACUGUGGCAUCAGGACAAAUAUGAUUUGGGCGACAUUUCUCCAGAGUAUGAAUGUGACUCUUUAUACUAGAAUUUCGAGUAUUUAAGAUUUGAAUUUCUUAAAAGAUGUUAAGUUGGGUACAAAUAAAGUUAAAGCUGCUGUUUUUACCUCCAUUUUUGUAUUUCUAGUUUUUUUCUUUCUCUGAAGAAUUUUUUUUUGUUGUUUUUUAGUAUCAGAACGUCAUUCCACUUAUAUGAAUCACACUAACACAAAAGUAUUAAAGGAACUGCUGUCUUGUAUUGUUUUUAUUGGUUAUAAAGUUACAAACUGAUUUCAUUUGUCUCUGGUCUUCAUAAUAUGAGGUCUUCAGUGGUUUGAGUCAACAAAGCAAUCACUAGCCAUAAUAGACAGUGAUCUAAUGUAAGCAGCAGAAAACAUUUCAGACGUUUGUUUCAAAUGGAAAUAUAACAUUAUAUCAGUCAUUCUCAAAAAUCAUGACUUCUGACUUACAAAUGUUAAAGUUAUGAAUUCAGUUCAGUUCCAUUUUCUGCCAUAAAAGAUGAUGGUAGUUGUUUAUUAUCUUCAUUUUUUACUUGACAUUUUUUACAUUUCACAGAUGAAGCAAGUUUUGUAACAAUUGUGACAUUAGAUACAUUUUCUUAAAAUAGUGUCAAUAGCAUCUGAAAGCAGACCAAAUUACAAUGAUAUUUUUCAGUAAUUAUUCACACAGUUGUUUACACAAACAUAAAAAAAGGUUACACCAAUAACGUAAAUGAAGUGGGCAAAAAGGUACAUUUAUACCUUAAUAUUUUGAAAUGGGGAAUUGUCUGAACACAUUUGAGCAGCCUCGCCUUCUGUUGAAUGUUAAGCUUCAAAGUACUGUUCCACAACAAUUUCAUUUUGAGAACACUUAUUUCCAACACUGAAUGAAAUUAAAAUGUUCCACUAGAUUAUUAUUAUUAGUGACUUUGUUUUGAACACUUUGUAUCUUGCAUUAAUGCUUAAUAAUGCUCAAUAUAGUCAAACGAUUGCUUUAUGACAAAAUAAAGCAUAU